CAGGGACAGAUAAGGAUGCUGAGAUUCAGCAAUUACGUCAUGAUAUUUCACGUCUUCGUGACCAUGUGGCUCCCUCUAUAAGCAGUGAUAACCAUGACAACAGAGUUCCAAAUGGGUACCAUGGUAAUGGUGCUCCAAGAGAGAGGCAGGUGCAUUUUAAUCCAUCAGUACAAAUACAACCUGAUGAAAACAAUCAAGUGCCAUACAACCUUCCGUCCACAAGAGAUUUAUCCCAAGUGGGAGUGAAUGGAAGAGCCUAUAAUUCACAGGGAGGCAAUUUCUUUAGUGGAACAGCAAGUAUAGAUGGCCCUUAUAGACCAUAUGAUGGAACCAAUGCCCCGAUACCACAGGAUAUGGGGCAAGCAACAGCAAAUGUAGGACACAUGGCAUCCAAUAUGGAACAUAUGGCUUCAAAUAGUAAUCAAAUUCCUGCAGGAACAGGUGGUACUUAUACUGGAAAAGUGAAUUCAAAUAUGGGACAACCAACUUCAAAUAUGGUCCAAAUGCCAGCUACUAUGAGUCAAAUGACAUCUCAUAUGCCAAACAUUCCAAAUAUUCAAAUCCCUGUAACAUUCAGUCAGAUUCCUACAACACACAUUCCUUCAGUACAUUCCAGUGUCGUUCCUACCAUCAUUCAACAAGGAGCUCCAUUCCCUGCUGU